AUGUAAUCGACAGAUCUACCAAUGCAUCAGUUUCCACCAGAGCAGACGUGUUAGUGUUAUUCUGGCUAUGAUAUUCUCUAUAAGGCACAUGCAAUUGCCGCUGUUCGGAGUCGCUCAUCACAACCGAAUCCGCUUGUUGUACGGCAGAUUCUUUUACGUCGCCGAUCGUGUAAAAGAUCGCUCUUACAGUAAUUCUAUCUAUUUCCCCACAUUACUGAACCACCUGUCAGUGACGCACUCAAUCGAGUUCUUGUCUUUCAAAUAUAUUCACCAUUACAAACUUUGACACAGUCAUUGCGUCAUUAAAACAGCCAUUCCUUUAUCGGAAUUUGAUAAACCUAUUAACUUAUAAGAAUAACCAUCAGAGCAGAAAUUGUUUUUACAACAAUUAAAGAGACACCGUUUAACCAAGAAACUGAACUACAAUUCGUCAUUCCAGCAGACGAUAUCAGCUGAUAGGAUUAACGCCAUACUUAAUUUUUGAUAUAUUGUUUUAUACGCUUUUGCGUAUGUUACUACGAAUCUUUUUUCAUUAAUACAAGAAACACACAAGCAACUUUAUAUAAUUUAUAUAUUUUAUGUGUUUUUUGACAUUCGUAUAAAAUGUGGUAUAUUCGAGUGACGCGUAAUAAAGUAUUGGUACAAAUAUAAAUAAUUGAAAAAACGAAAUUUUACGAGGUAUACGAUUCUACGACCGGUCCUUUGAUUUUUCAAGUGCACGUAACUGUCUGGAAAAUUUUGAGAAAAACGAAUGAUGUUUUCCAUGAGAAUUUUACACCGAGAGGACUCAACCAAUCAGCAUGAAGAACGUACUAUCGAAUAUCAAGAAUAAAAGCUAUAAAUGGGAAAAUAAGAAGAGAAAAGAUGUUACUAUCACAUUGGAUAAAGUAGUUAUAGCAGAUACUCCAGAGAAAUGUGAUUAUGCCAUUCAACUCAUUAGUCGCAAUGUAUCCAAUGAUGUAUUGGGUUUUGAUUGUGAAUGGGCUAACGAAGGACCUGUUUCUCUAGUCCAACUUGCCACACAUAAUGGAGUAUGCGGUUUAUUUCGCAUUGGUAAAAUUGGAUAUGUUCCCCACAGAUUAAAAGAAUUACUGGCAAGCAAACGUAUUCUUAAAGUUGGAGUUGCUCCAUAUGAAGAUGGACAAAAAAUAAUAGCAGAUUAUGGGUGCAGAGUUUGCGGUACACUUGAUUUAAGAUCACUAGCAGAACACGAAAAUUUACCAAGCCCGAAGAGCUUGGCUGCGAUGGGUUUACAAUAUUUAGGCUUGGAGAUGGAUAAAUUAAUAGAAGUAAGAUGUGGCAACUGGAAUGCUGACAUUCUUACAGACGAACAAGUAGCAUAUGCUGCUUGUGAUGCAAUUGCGUCUGUUCUUAUUUAUGACCAGAUCGUGCAAAGAAUAAAGGAAAAGUACUCUUUAUGGGAAACUUUUGUAAAGUAUAUAAAAUGUAUAUGUAAUAAAAACAUAAAUAUGCAAUUUUAUUGUUUGCCUAAUGGCAUAAUCGAUACGAGGUUCAAUGCUCGCCAAACGCGCUCUAUGGUUAAUUAUAAAAAUACUAAAAACAGUAAUCCUAAUAUAUUUACAAAAAACUUGAAAACAAGUAACCUUAUUAUACAUACCAACAGUAUACCCACAAGAAAUAAACCUCUUUAUCACAAUUGUUAUUUGCAAGCACCAGAUGGAGAAAUAUUAUGUACUUGUGAUCGUAAGAAAGCAGAAUGGUACAUUACUAAAGGGUUGGGAGAUGUAAUUGAACAGGAACCAUUUACUGUAAGAUUAAAAUUUGAACCAUCUGGACGUGCUUUCGGAAAAGUUGGGCAGUACUAUACACAAGUUAAGAUUAAUCAAUGUGUAGUGUGUGGAACUUUAGAAAAAUUUAUGAGAAAAAAUGUAGUACCUAGAGAGUAUCGCAAAUAUUUUCCAUUGGUGAUGAAGGCACAUCAGUCACAUGAUAUUUUAUUAUUAUGUCCAACAUGCCACGAAGUUAGUAAUUAUCAUGAUCUGCAGCUCAAAAGAAAGCUGGCAGACAUGUGCGAUGCUCCUCUGGCUGAUCCAUUAACACACUCACGCAAUAAAUAUGUAAAUAAUUGGAGGAAACUGCGUUCAGCUAUUAAAGCAUUAAAAGAAGGAACAACAUUACCCGACGUACGGCGGAAAGAAUUGGAACAUUAUAUACUGGAAUGUACAGGUCAUGAACAAGUUACUCCACUUCUUCUUGAUCUUUUGAAUCAAGAAUUAAAAAAUGAUUUGGUUUCAAUCUCUAACUGUAACCAAACUAAAUGUGAUCCUCACGGCUUGAAGGUGGUUCAGUAUUUUGAAAAAAGAGAAGGUGGAUUGGUAGAAUUGGAACGUAUGUGGAGGGAACAUUUUCUUUUAUCUAUGGAACCGAAGUAUUUGCCAAAUUUAUGGUCUGUUUGCCACAAUCAGGAAAGAUUAACUAUUCGUCAAUUGCAAAAUAGAAUCGAACCAGAUGAUGCAAAGAUAGCAGGCUUGAAGAAUUGAAUUUCGAGUAUUAUAUAUUAAAAAGAACUCGUAUAAGAGCGAGUACAAAAGACUGUCACAUGAACCAAUGUGUCUCUUAAGAAUAUAUAUUUAUGUACAUAUAUAUAUAUAUAUUCACACACAUAUAUAUAUAUAUAUUAUUUAUAUACAUACAGUCAAGUAUACAGCUCCGUAAUGCUUUCUCAUUCAUCACUACUUAAAAAUAAUA